CAUAUUAUAUGAAUCAAUGCACCACAAUUCAUGCCGCAGCGCCUAAACACAAUACUUGCUUGAACUUGAACCGCCAUGGCCACCUCUCUCUCGCUCUUCCUCCUCCUCCUCCUCCACCCUUUGAUUUUCAGCCCAUUCCCCAACGCCGUUGUUUCAGCUGUAGGCAUAAACUACGGCACUCUCGGAAACAACCUGCCACCGCCAAAGAGAGUAGCUCAGCUCCUCCAAGCCACUCUCAUAGACAAGGUCAAAAUCUACGACACCAACCCCGAAAUCCUCCAGGCCUUUUCCAACACCGGGAUCGACCUCAUUGUCGCUGUGGAGAACAGCCAUGUCCCCAACAUCAGCACGGAAGUGGCCGCCGCGGACGAGUGGUUCGCCACUCGCGUCCUGCCAUUCAUUCCCGCCACUUCCAUCACUGCCAUUGCCGUAGGAAACGAGUACUUAACAACUGGGGCUGCCGCAAGAAACGAUGAGAAGGACCCAAACCCAUCGGACCCAGCAGCUCUGGUCCAAGCAAUGCAGAACUUGCACUCGGUGCUUAUAGCCCGAGGGCUGGACCGCAAGAUCAAGGUCACCACGCCGCACAGCAUGGCGGUUUUGGCAUCCUCAUUUCCUCCUUCAGCCUCCACUUUCACUACAAAUCUCGUGCCAACUAUGACCUCUAUAGCCGCCUUCUUGGCUGACACUAACGCCCCUUUCAUGGUCAAUGCCUACCCUUAUUUCGCCUACCGGGACAACCCCGACAUGGUCAAUCUACAGUACGCAUUACUGGGUAACUCAACCUCGACCAGCGUGCGUGACCCCAAGGGCUAUGUAUACACCAACAUGCUGGAUGCACAAAUUGAUGCUGUUCGAUCUGCCAUUGAUGCACUGGGACUUGGCCACCGGAAGGUGGAGAUCAUGGUGUCGGAAUCCGGGUGGCCGUCCAAAGGUGACUCCGGAGAUAUGGCGGCUACGCCAGAUAAUGCCAAGACUUACAACACGAGGUUGAUUGAGCGUGCCCAGUCCAACAAAGGGACGCCUAUGAAGCCUAAUGACAAGGUUGAAAUAUUUGUGUUUGCUUUGUUCAACGAGAACAAAAAAGACGGGGGUGUGACGGAGAGAAAUUUUGGGAUUUUCAAUGGGGACGGAUCGAAGGUGUACAAUGUGGAUUUGAGCUGCCAAUUCUGCAGCAACACCGACGGAAGUGGAUCCGGUGGAGGCUCUGGAUUUGGUGAGAAAGUAGCGGGAGUGUUGAGGGGACCGUCAGUUUGGUGCGUGGCUAAGCCACACGCCGAUGAUAAGGUGCUUCAAGCUGUGUUGGAUUUUUGCUGCGGAGCAGGUGGUGUGGACUGCAGGGAGAUUUACGAGCACGGUGAUUGUUUCGAGCCUGAUAAGCUGCUUGCUCAUGCAUCGUAUGCUAUGAAUGCUUACUAUCAGAUGCAUGGCAGGAACUACUGGAAUUGUGACUUCAAGGGCACUGGCUUGGUUACUUUCAGUGAUCCAACUUACGGGACAUGCCGGUAUCCUCAACAGUAAAUGAACAAGGGAGGAAUGACAGGAGGGCACAAUGUGGUUUACAACACAGAGACAGCUAGAUCUUGACUUUUCACUCUUCAAUGCUGAGUACUAUUUGUGAUUUCUAAAAUUAGGGUUUAAGACUUAUUUGGUUUUUUAUGUUCAUGAUGAGGACACAGCCUUUGUUAUGUCACCAUCCCAUCCCAAUGUAAAACAGAAGAAAAGGAGGAGGAGUUUGAAAUUUGAGGGUGGGUUCAGGUUUUGGUUUUGUCCUAAAAAGGAGGGGUCUUUUUCUUUGGGUGCACAACCGCACAUGGUUAAAAGUGACAUGCCCCCCCAAUCAAAGGCUUUUCUGUCCGGAUAAAGUCCUGCCUCUUUUGUGA